UUUCAAACUCAACUUGACAUUCACCGCAACCACAGCCAUUGACAUACCACAGAAAGAAAACCACAACAAUGUCCGACGAGCCAGAAGAACAAUCCGGUCCCACCACUCCCGUGCAAAUCCGCUUCCGCAUGGCCCCUGGUCUCGCAAACCAAACCGACCUCAUGCUGCGAGUCUCCGACCCAACUACCGCCACCGUCGCCGAUCUCAAGGACCAGCUGGGCCAGCGCUUGAGUAUCAAUAAGGAGGAUAUACGGCUUGUGCAUGCUGGGCGGAUAUAUAGGGAUGACGAGGCGACGGUUAAAUCUCUGGGCAUCACGGACGAUGCUGUCAUUCAUGUUUCGAGAGUGGCUGCAAGGAGGGAGGGUGAGGAUGCCGGGCCGGCCGCGGAAGAACGACCUCGGACGCUUCAGGAGGCCGCCGCGGCGAAUCAGAGGAACUCGUUUGGGUUGGGAGAUAUGAGCGGACUGCUGGAAAACCCCAUGGUCAGAUCACUGUUGGAGAGUCCCGAAUUCAUGCAAACGAUGUUGGAGAACGACCCGCGUAUCGCUCGACUGGCAGAGUCGAAUCCCCAGCUCCGACAAACCCUGAAUGAUCCGCGAUUCCUGAGAGAGAUGAUGGAGACCAUGCGGAAUCCGGCGCUGAGCCAGGAAAUGAUGCGGAAUGUGGAUAGACAGCUGUUGAACAUCGAGAACAUCCCGGGUGGAUUCAACGCGUUGAGUUCCAUGUAUCAUGACAUUCAGGCGCCGUUAUCGCAGGCGCAUGACGAUAAUCCGAGCACAGAGGAAGCAAAUCGACGAUACGCAGCCAUGCUCGGCGCACAACAAACAUCCACCGGCCAAGGUCCCAACAACGCUGCCCUUCCAAACCCAUGGGCGGCGCCAUCACCAUCUACAGCAUCCCAGCCCGCUGCAGCGGAUCCAUUUGCGGCAUUGACAGGCCUCGGGCCUGGAAUGUCGAAUCCGGGCUUCAAUCCAUUCGCUGCGUUUGGGAUGCCCCAAUUCCCCGCCCCCUCACCACAAACAUCCCAACCAACCACCAACCCCACCCAGCUCCCCGCAUUCGACCCAACCAACUUCCUCUCCCUCCUCGGCGGUGCCGGUGGCCAACAACAACAAAAUCCGCUCUUCCAAAACCCCUUCCUGCAGAUGCCGUUCCUUCCCCCAGCCGUCCAACCGGUGGGUACACCCGCAGCAGCAGCAGCAGCGACACCAAGUAGUCAGGAGACGAUGCAGGCGCAUGAGGAUCGGUUUAAGGAGCAGUUGACGGCGUUGCGGGAAAUGGGUUUUGUGGAAAAGGAUAAAUGCAUCCGGGCACUCCUGGCCGCAGGUGGAAAUGUAGAAGCAGCGAUUGCGUACAUGCUUGAUUCCUUGUGAUAUAUCACUAAAUAGCCGGUCAUUGCAUUUCUCCCAUCCGGUUAACAGCAAAACGUUAGAUAUGUACACAAACAAAUCCGUUUUUUCUCCUAGUAGGGAAACCAAUUCUUGAGCGUUUCCAUGAUGUUUGCAGUGUUAUUUCACACGUUCAUUAUGUGAUAUGGUUCUAGUCGUAGAACACGUGGUGUAGGAUACGUCCUAGCAAUAAGAAAAUGAAACCAAGGGCCCGCCGCUGAUAUGGGUCCAUACUAUGACUUUCCCCGCUCCUGCUCUAUAUAUGGUUUGCGGAUUGGGGGGAUGAUGCUGUUUGUGAUAUG